CACCGGCACCGCGCCGGUGUUCGCUGGAGUGCUUCAGGUGUUGUUCUUCGUUACUGAGGUGUGGGCCGAAGGAGUCUUACGAUUAUAUUAACUGGACUAUAGUUUGUGAUGUAGCAAGUGAAUCUCACUGGAAUCAUCAUGCAACACGAUUCUACAGUGGAAGAAGUUUUAACGCGCGGUCAGCGAGGGUACAAGUUUACCAACUGGUCGACAACGUUUUCGUGUUCUCCUGAAUUGUUCUUCGAACCAGAAACCACUGACGAUAUAAGAGAGAUUCUUCAAGCGGCUUCUGGGUUACGUAAGACAGUUCGUGUUGUGGGUGGCGCUCACUCUCCCUCUGAUAUCGCGUGCACCGAUGGAUACAUGAUAAGCUUGAAAAAUUUCAAAGCCGUUUUGGAGAUUGAUCAAGGCAAGCAGCAAGUGACAGUUCAAGCUGGUUUGACAAUUCAGGAACUCAAUGAACUGUUAAAUGACCAUGGCUUAGCUUUAUCCAAUCUUAGUUCAGUGUCGGAGAUGUCCUGUGCUGGUACCAUCAGUACAUGCACACAUGGAACAGGAAAGGACUUUGGUCUUCUGGCGACAAUGGUUGUUUCACUGGAGCUGAUGACAGCCAAUGGGGAGAUCAUGUACUGCAGUAGAAGUCAAAACAAGGAGAUAUUUUUAGCAGCACUUUGCAGUCUCGGUGCUGUUGGCAUUAUUCUAACUGUAACAUGGCAGUGUGAACAGGCUUUCAGAUUGCUCCAACUGUCUGAACCUAAGCCUCUGGAAGAGAUGUUGGAAAAUCUUGAAUCAAGCAUGUCAUCCAGUGAACAUUUCAGGUUCCUUUGGUAUCCUCAUACAGGAUAUGUUAAACGUUUUCAUGUCAGUAGGACUAACAAGCCCAAAGAAGACAAUCCCAGUUGGUUUUGGGACUAUGCUGUGGGAUAUUACUUUUUAGAGUUCAUGUUAUGGUUAAGUUCAUUUGUCCCUCCGCUUGUUCAAUGGAUCAAUUGGGGACAUUUUAAGCUAUUUCACAGGAAACCUCAAAGAAGAAUAAAUCAAAGUUACAAGGUUUUCAACUUUGACUGCCUGUUUAAGCAGUAUGUUUCUGAGUGGGCCUUUCCAUGGAAGGAAACUGCGUAUGUUCUUAGAAAGCUUCAAAGCUGGACCAGUGAAUCUGGAUUUAACGUACACUUUCCUGUUGAAGUUCGAUUUGUGAAAAAGGAUGACAUUUACAUGAGUCCAUGCUAUGAGCAAGACAUGUGUUUCAUCAACAUCUUAUCAUUCAGACCGUACAAUAAAUGCAUUCCACAUGAAAGUUACUGGACGUACUUUGAGGACCUCAUGAUGUCAGUGGGCGGAAAGCCCCACUGGGCAAAGGCUCACAAAUUGACAUACACAGAGAUCGAGAAAAUGUACCCAAAGAUCGACAAAUUCCGAGAGAUCUGCAAUCAGUUGGACCCUCAGGGCUUGUUUCGCAAUGAAUACUUGGAGAGAGUGAUCUUCGGUCCAUCACAGCUAUCUGAAAAGGUUGAGAAUGGGAAGUUGGCGAGCUCAAAGAAACUGUGUGAUCACCUGUCAGCGCCUCAUACUGUCAGCCCAGGGUUUUGAGAACCGGUACAGCUUCUGUUUGCUGGCUUCCUGGUAUUUCUGUUACUUCUGGUCUAUUUCAGAACGUUAUUUGUAGGGUUUUAUCUGAACUCAACGGGUGUUAUAAGUAAUUGCCGUGUUAUUUCACGAUAUGUUAUAAGUUGACUGGUAACUGUAUUGAGCACUUUCUAGUUCCUAUGGUUUGACAGAUUAAUGCUACUUCCAUUCACAAGUUGACGCUACAAAAAUGAUAUCAAACUAUUGCCCAAUCAUUAGUAGUGCUCAUUAAAAUGUGCGAAAAUUUAAGGUGGCUCUGAACGCCUUUCUCAGAGGCUUUUUAUACUUUGCAAAAAGUUCUACCUGAGCUCGCUGAGUUCAUUUUUGAGUUAUACUGUUGCUAUCAUAACCUGUUAAGUCAAAUAAUCUUAUGGGCUCCCGAAUGACGGCAACUUUCUUAUUCGUUUGAUAUCAUUCAUUUAGCAUCACUGAUAACGAUAUGCAAUAUUUAUCCUCUAGAAAUUCGUUACCAGCCAUCUUCUGAUAGUUUCGCGUUCUCUUCUUGACUUAUCAUGUGACGUCACGCAUGUCACACAACGCUCCCUCGUUGCGUGACGUCCCAAGGAGACUACCAUAACCCCCGCUGUUGAACAAGGUGUCGCUCAAAGGUUAGAAAAUAGGCGAAAAUGAAGAAGUUUGGAAAAGUGCGGAAAUAUUCAAUACAUCACAGAAGCAGUGAAGAUAAUCGUUUGCCAUGGUGAAAUAGAAUAUAGCCCCUAUAGGCCUAUACAGCUGGUAUUAAAGCUGAGGGUGAAUUAUAUUUUCAUACAACGAAGAUUCUAGGGCACGUAUGUCUAGUAUGUUGUGUUGCCAGCGCAAUCGCGCGCCCCCAUUCUCAGAUGUAAAUAUUUUCGCUUUUUGUUGCUAUAUUCUAAACCAAAUCGAAGAUGGUGUUACUGUGUUUUGUAAGGAAACAAGGCACUUUUGUGGUCCAGAAAAACUGCUGAAAACGGUGCCCUUACAAGUGCGUACGUUAGCCGUUUUUCUAGACCUCAAGCCUGCAUUAUUUUUGUAGAGAACAAAGCAUACCACUUGGAAAAUAGUGAACAGUUGUGUACGGAAAGAAAAUUAUGAAGUCUUUACGGCUAAAAUUGAACCAUUUUUUCCGGAACACUUGCAUGAACAGUUCAACAGCAAUUGGCUGUCAGUAAUAAUGGAGGUUCCCUUGACCAUUAUUUAUGUCAUUCAACUAUUUAAAAUAGGGUGAUCUUCGGUCGAUGUUUUUUUUAAAGUGCACAUAAUAUUUAAAACGUAAGAUGUAAAGAAACGGCAGGCUAGAUUGUAACAAAAGUUGGUUAAGUUGCAUUAAAUGAGAAGAGUACAACUGAGAA